AUGACCUGCCCCGACUGCGGGGGUACUUUUGUCUGGGACGACGACGUCUGCUCAUCCAUCUGCACAAAAUGUGGUACCUUGUCUAAUUCUGCUCAGUAUGUCCUUGCUUCCCAUACAGAAUCUCACGACUCUUCCGUGCGCCAGUUUCAACCUACUUCAUGGCUUUCCUCCUCUGCGGCUCCUCUCAAAAAUAUUCACAAACAGGGAUGGAAUCUUGCUGGGCAGCACAAAGAAGCGCGUGACAGAGGGAACGCUAUCGCCAUGAGCAUUUUCAUCACUUCUGUCCUGACCAAAUUGAAAAAUCCCGGUCUAUCCCCACGUGCGGAAGCAAUCUUUACACAAGCUAUGGCAAAAGGAAAAUACAGGUGGGGACGCAAGGCAAAGCUAGCUGCCGGUGCAUCCAUGGCUAUUGCCCUACGUGAGGCACACAAGUCGGAUUCCCUCCGCGACAUUGCCUUUUUCCUUGAUGACUCACCACUGUCUCUGUCGCGUGCAUUCGUAGCCGUGGUAUCUCUUCUGGAUUUUGACCUAAGUUCAUCAGACCCAGUUGUCCAUCUUCCCAUCCUCCUGUCUCAUCUUCAGUCCUUAUUACAUCCUGAGUCUUCCACUUCUCAUCUACCUCCAGAUCUCGUCGCCAUCCUCACACCAUUGUCGUCUCAUGCGGUAUUGCGUACUGCUACGUCCCUAUCGGGUAUUAUCAGCCGAGAGGCUUGCGCUAUACCCGUACUACAGUCUCCCACCCCUCCUAUCGCCUGUGCAAUGCUCAUUCUCGCACUUGAAGCGGAAACGCGCAGCCCCCUGCCACACCUAAGUGAGCUCGCCAACGCGCUCGCGUCGCGCUUUGGCUUUGCGCGUGGUGUAGUUACAUCGCGUUACAAAGCAUCCUAUGAUUUAAUCGAGGAAUGGAUUCGGGAAGUCCCUUGGCUCGAUCAGUUCGUAUACAAGGGAAAGGGUCGUGGUGCUUCUGCUCGGUCGAAAGUUCCGAAGCGUUCGAUUGUUGCGAAGGGAAUCAUAGACGUCAUUCAAUUUCAAGAGGAGAUAUGGACGAAGAAAAUGUCCGCUCUCGGAAAGGCUAGUAUCGUAAUUGAGGCGGAUCCGGCAGAUGAAGACGGCAAGAGGGAUGAGGAGGCGUUUUUCUCGGAGACAUCUCUAAUCAGCGAGCCUCCUGAGCUUUGUCAUCACCAGCCCCGCAAGAAACGAAAGACAAAGGAUCAUAGCGUCGAGGAUGCAUAUCAUUUUCUACUCGAUCCUUUGUCCGCGAAAUCUUACACUCUGUCAAAUCCUAUGGUACCCGAGGACCCGAGCGCUUCGACAACGCGUUCUGAUACUUCCUCACCUAUCUUAACAUUGCCAACUCAUUCCCCUUCUCGUCUCCAGCUACUGGCUCUCAACCGAGGGUGGCGGCUAUUUGUAGAGGGUGAACUAGAAGAGCUUCUUCGAAAUAGCGAGGAACAAGAGGCCUUGAAGCCACUAUUCAGACUGCAGUGGCAAGAAGAAGAUGACACAGUCGCGCACCACGCAGAUCGCGGACAACAAACUGCCAGAAUGGAGGCGAGUCGGGGUUCAGGGCGCGUCGAUAUGGCAGCUCUGGCGCGUAUUCUAAGCGGGGAGGAGGUCGUUGAUGACGAGGAGUGUGAGCUCGAAAGUGGAUUAUUGGCGCCGGCGACGCCAAGACACGUUCAAUCAGAUGCUGCCGAGGAGGUAAGCGCUUGGCGGCCCCUCUCGCCCGGGAAUGCUUUUUCGAAGCACUGCACCAGUAUGGAUAGGUACGAAGAGGAGUACUGA